CGCCAACGAUCAUCCUCUGUGAAUAGUUAUUGAUUGGUGUGCAAAAAAGUGUUACAUCAGCUCUAUAUAUAUUCACAGACUGAUAUCUGAAAGUAGGCUCCAGAAGUAGCUUUUCACGUUAUCUUGAUCCUAUGAUGAGCAGCAUAACUAAAAUUCUUUCUCUUCUCAUCUUUAUUGUAUUCUAUAUUACAUUCAUUAAAGCAUCUGAAACAUUCGCUGUGUCAGAAGAAGAUGACAGCAAGAUACUAAAUUUACCAGGUCAACCAUCAAACCCACCAAUAUCACAGUACUCAGGUUACAUCACUGUCAACCAAAAUAAUGGCAGGGCCCUAUUUUACUGGUUCUUUGAAGCUCUUUCACAGCCUUCCGAUAAACCUCUCAUACUCUGGCUGAAUGGAGGACCUGGUUGCUCAUCAGUAGGAUAUGGCGCUGUUGUGGAAUUAGGUCCUCUUAAAGUUGAUGAAACUGGUGUUGGUUUGCUCUUCAAUAACUUUUCAUGGAUAACAGAAGCAAAUUUGCUCUUCGUGGAGUCCCCUGUUGGAGUAGGGUUCUCUUAUACCAACACAUCCUCUGACCUCACCAAAUUGGAUGAUGAAUUUGUAGCUGAGGAUGCAUACAGUUUCUUAGUAAAUUGGUUUGGGAGAUACCCACAGUUCAAGAACCAAGACUUCUUCCUAGCCGGAGAAAGUUAUGCAGGUCACUAUGUUCCUCAACUGGCAGAGCUUAUUUUUGACAGGAACAAGGAUCAGACUAUGAACCUGAAGAUUAAUCUCAAAGGUUUCCUAGUAGGGAACCCUGAAACUGAUGAUUUUUAUGACUCAAAGGGUCUGUUAGAAUAUGCUUGGAGUCACACUGUAAUAAGUGAUGAUAUGUAUAAUAAGACUAAAGAAGUGUGUGAUUUCAAGACCUUAUAUUGGCCGAAGGAAUGCGUGACUGCCAUGAAUUUGGUUUAUGGAAAAUACAAAGAAAUCGACUUUUACAACAUAUAUGCUCCAAUUUGUCUUUCAAACAGCACUUCAUCAGAAGCUUAUUAUACUAAUAAGGAGGAAAAUUAUGGAUUGAGGAGGCCAAGAAUAUAUUCAGGGGGGUAUGACCCUUGCUAUUCAAACUACGCAGAAACGUACUUCAACAGGGCAGAUGUACAAACAUCGCUUCGUGCAAAUGCUAACAGAGGGACUUCAAAUACUAGUGUCAAGUGGAAUGUUUGCAACGACAACAUUCUGAAUACAUACAACGCUACAGUUCAAUCUGUCCUAUCAAUCUACAAGAAACUGAUGCAAGGUGGUCUUAAGAUCUGGGUUUACAGCGGAGAUGUCGAUGGAAGAGUCCCGGUGAUUGGAACUAGGUACUGGGUUGAGUCACUUGGGUUGCCAAUCAAGACACCUUGGCGUUCCUGGUACCAUCAACAUCAGGUAGGAGGAAGAUUAGUGGAGUACGAAGGUUUAACUUUGGUGACUGUUCGAGGGGCAGGUCAUUUGGUACCUCUGAAUAAGCCUAGUGAAGCACUUGCUCUGAUUCACUCUUUUUUAACAGGAGAAGAUCUUCCAGCAAAUAGAUGAACUUAGGGUGUUUCAUGUUUAUCGAUUGAUAUGUCAUGUCUAUAGGAGGCGUAAAAUAAAACAAAUAGCAAUAAGAAAUUCGUAUAUUUUGUUACACGAUUGUUAUGUACUACUAGUUAAGGUAUGAUUUCUUACAGUUAUACUAGAAGAUGAAUUCUCUGUUUUAUGUUAAUUUAGCAAUUGGUUCACAGAUUUUCUAUUAACAACACAUUCAUUUCCUAAUUCCAAAUUUCCAGCAAUCAGAAAUGUGUAUAUUUAAUAAUUGUAUAUGACCUAUUAACCUUAUUAAACUAAUACUACUGCCAUUUCUAUACUUGAGCCUGUUAUACUCGCGCCACCACAAAAUUGGCACAAUUGAAUUGGCACGGAGGUUUUGAACAAUUGUUUAUAUUAAAUGAAAUGAAAGUUUGUAGAAUAAAGAUGCUAACAUAUGCUUGUCAACUUUGAUAAUGCAGGACACUGGUUUUUUAACCGAUAUGUUACUUCAGAGAGAGAGACUAUAGAGCAGGCUGCAAAUUCAGCAUCAGUCAUUUUUUUAUGGGUGUCAAUUUCUUCCAGUAAUUUGGUCUGUCUGGCAUUAUUCUCACAAAACAAUUUUGUGCCCAAGAGCCUAUUCUCUUGAGCGUAGCACCAGAACAUCCAGAUCUUUCUGGUUUUGUGGUUGUAAAUUCUGUUUUACUUAUUCCCAUGAAACUCCAGUACAAUUCAGUGUAUACCUGCUGGAACUGAUAUUAACUGAUUCGCUUUUGUAGUUCACGCAAACAGAUGGUAAUCUUCCUGUUACUGAGGACUGUGAGGAGCCUGUGCACACCCCUGUUCCCUGAUAGAUAUAUUCUCAAUAUUUCCUUGA